GUCCGUCCGCUGCCGCUCUCGGCGCUUCCCCUUCGCUGCCCGGCAGGGCGGCCCGGGGCGACUGCGGCCGCGGGGUCGCGUCCCUCCCUCCCUCCUCCGCGCUGCGGCGCCGGGGAUGGGCCGCGGGCCCGAGGCGGGCGACAGGGAUUCCCGGGGCCGGUGAAGGCGGAGGUGGGCGCUGGGGCUGCCCCGUCUCGUCGCUGGCCCGCAGGGGCUGGCAGGGCCUGGGGGGCAGCUGGCCCCGAGGGGGCCGCAUGUGCCCUCCGCCGGGCACCGAGGCAGGACGGAGGAGGAGGCGGAGGGAGAGGCCGCCCCGGCGGCGGGGCAGGCCGGUAGGCCCGAACGGGGCCGUCCCGGUCGUCGGGGCCGAAGUCGGGAGGAGGAGGAGGCGGCGAUGGAGGGCCUGGCCGGGUACGUGUACAAGGCGGCGAGCGAGGGACGAGUGCUGACCCUGGCCGCGCUGCUCCUCAACCGCUCCGAGAGCGACAUCAAGUACCUGCUGGGCUACGUGAGCCAGCACGGCGGGCAGCGCUCCACCCCGCUCAUCAUCGCCGCCCGCAACGGCCACACCAAGGUGGUCCGGCUGCUCCUGGAGCACUACCGUGUGCAGACCCAGCAGACCGGCACAGUCCGCUUCGACGGCUUUGUCAUCGAUGGAGCCACCGCUCUGUGGUGCGCAGCAGGAGCCGGGCACUUCGAAGUAGUCAAGCUGCUGGUGAGUCAUGGCGCCAACGUGAACCACACCACGGUGACCAACUCCACUCCCCUGCGGGCCGCCUGCUUCGACGGCAGGCUGGACAUCGUGAAGUACCUGGUGGAGAACAACGCCAACAUCAGCAUCGCCAACAAGUACGACAACACUUGCCUUAUGAUCGCGGCCUACAAAGGCCACACCGACGUGGUCAGGUACCUCCUGGAGCAGCGCGCCGACCCCAACGCCAAAGCCCACUGCGGCGCCACCGCCUUGCACUUCGCGGCGGAAGCGGGGCACCUGGAGAUCGUCAGGGAGCUGGUCAAGUGGAAGGCGGCCAUGAUGGUCAACGGCCACGGCAUGACUCCCCUCAAAGUGGCCGCUGAAAGCUGCAAGGCUGACGUGGUGGAGCUGCUGUUGGCUCACGCCGACUGCGACCGGAGAAGCAGGAUUGAAGCUCUGGAGCUUCUGGGUGCCUCAUUUGCUAAUGACAGAGAAAAUUAUGAUAUCAUGAAGACCUACCACUAUUUAUAUUUAGCCAUGCUGGAGAGGUACCGAGACAGCCAGGACAUCAUUGAGAAAGAAGUUCUUCCACAAAUCGAAGCUUAUGGAAACAGGACUGAAUGCAGGACUCCUCAGGAAUUAGAGUCGAUCAGGCAGGACAGAGAUGCCCUUCACAUGGAAGGCCUCAUUGUGAGGGAAAGGAUUCUGGGCUCGGACAAUAUCGAUGUUUCUCACCCCAUUAUUUACCGGGGGGCUGUUUACGCCGAUAACAUGGAGUUUGAACAGUGUAUCAAGUUAUGGCUCCACGCCCUGCACCUAAGGCAAAAAGGCAACAGGAACACUCACAAGGACCUCCUGAGGUUUGCUCAGGUCUUUUCUCAGAUGAUCCACCUCAACGAGCCCGUGAAGGCCAAGGACAUCGAGAGCGUUUUGAGGUGCAGCGUGUUGGAGAUAGAGCAAGGCAUGUCCCGCAUCAAAACCACCCAAGACGCUGACAUCCACACAGCCAUGGACAACUACGAAUGCAACAUUUUCACCUUUCUUUACUUGGUCUGCAUCUCCACCAAGACCCAGUGCAGCGAAGAGGAUCAGUCCCGAAUCAACAAACAGAUUUACAACCUGAUUCACCUCGAUCCCCGCACUCGGGACGGCUCCAGCCUGCUGCACCACGCCGUCAAUUCCAGCACGCCGGUCGACGACUUCCACACCAACGACGUCUGCAGCUUUCCCAACGCUCUGGUCACAAAGCUCCUGCUGGAUUGUGGCGCCGACGUCAACGCCGUGGACAGCGAAGGCAACAGCCCUCUCCACAUCAUCGUUCAGUACCACAGGCCCAUCAGUGACUUCUUGACGUUGCAUUCCAUCAUCAAUAGCCUGGUGGAGGCUGGUGCUCACACAGACAUGACGAACAAGCAGAAGAAAACCCCUCUUGAUAAAAGUACAACUGGGGUGUCUGAAAUACUCAUUAAAACUCAAAUGAAGCUGAGUCUCAAGUGCCUGGCUGCCCGAGCAGUACGGAUCUAUAACAUCAGCUACCAAAACCAGAUCCCCAGAACUCUGGAGGAGUUUGUGAAGUUUCACUGAGCUAGGUGAAAACUUUUUGUGGUGGUGCUAUCCCGGGACGACAUCAGAUGCAGACAGCAGGAUGCAGAUGUAUAUGUGGAGUCGUUUGCCUCUCUUCUUUUGGUUUUGGGUUCCUCUAGGUUCAAUCUGCAGCCUCAGCUCUCACCUUGGGAGAUGAGAUCUUGAGAGUGGUGGGAAGGGAGGAGCUAAAAAACCUAAACCUAAGCCACAUUAUGUUUGUGUCGUCAAAAUGAGUUUGGUCAUUGAUUAAAAGAAUUGCUUUGUUAUCUCUGUUUUUAUAACCAAAAAAAGACAAGGAAAGAAUCCCCACUGCAGCUGGUGCAGAAUGGUUUUGUUUCCAGUCCACAUCCCCACUGACUUGCAACUAAGUGCUUGGGGUGGUGAUUUACUCUCAAAAAAAAGGCCCUUCCCCCCCCCCCCCACCAGUAGCUUUGCAAAAUUUUGGAACCUCUUAGAGUGAGGUGGGAAAAAACAAACAGUUGGAAAUUCGGUGGUGGUUGGUUGUAAGUGAUGUCUACACACACAGAGUAGUCUGUUGCUCUUAUACCUCACUGUCUUUUUCAAAGCCUUUCAGUUGAUGCUGAAGCUGUUGGUGACACUUGAAAAGUUUUAGGGCUUUGUUUUUAGUUCCAUGUUGAACAGCAGCUAUCAGCAGUUCCAGAUGUGUGGAAUGCUCUGUUAGGAAAUGCAGGUUUAAAUUCAGCUGUGGUAUGGCCAUCUGCCGAUAGCUGAGCUGUCAAGCUCUUCAUUUACACUAUUCCAGGAAAUAAGGAAUAAAACUGCUGAAAAAAAAAGGGGGGAAAAGUACUGCUCUGUUAGGAAAUACAGGUUUAAACUCGGCUGGGGUGUCACAGAAUCACAGAAGGUUAGGAGUUGGAAGGGACCUCGCAAGAUCAUGGAUUCCAAUGCCCCUGUGCAGGGCAGAGCCACUUAGAGUAGAAUCGUAGAAUCAGUCAGGGUUGGAAGGGACUACAAGGAUCUUCCAGUUCUAACGUCCCUGCUAUGGGCAGGGACACCCUACCUGAGUCACACAGGAACACGUCCAGGCAGGUUUUGAGUAUCUCCAGAGAAGGAGACUCCACAGCCUCUCUGGGCAGCCUGCUCCAGGGCUCUCUGGCCCUCACAGUGAAAAAGUUUCCUUAUGCUCAUGUGAAACCUUCUCUCCUCCAGCUUGCACCCACUGCCACUUGUCCUAUCAUUAGACAUCUCUGAGCAGAGCCUGGCUCUGUCCUGACGCUAACCCUUCACAGCUUUAUCAGCACUCUGUGAUUCUGUGAUUAUUGAGGUCUCCUCUCAGUCUCCUCAAAGCUAAAGAGCCCCUGCUCCCUCAGCCUUUCCUCAUAAGGGAGAUUCAACUCUCAGCUCUGUGGCUCUGCACUGCACUCCUUCGGGCAGAGGUCCUUCUUGAACUGGGAGACCCAGAACUGGAGCAGAGCAGAGUAGAGAGGGAGGAGAACCUCUCUUGGCCUGCUAACCGAAUCACUUCUAAUGCACCUCAGGAUGCCAUUUGCCUUCUUGGCCAGAAGGGCACAUUGCUGGCUCAUGGGCAUCCUGUCAUCCACCAGGACACCCAAGUCCCUUUCUCCUACACUGCUCUCCAACAGCUCAGCCCCCAACUGUACUGCUCCAUGGGGUUCUUUCCCUGAUGCAAGACUUCACACUUACCCUUGGUGGCUUUCAUUCAGUUUCUCCCUGCCCAACACUCCAGCCUCUCCAAAGAGCAGCACAGCCUUCUGGUAUGGCUAUCUACUGAUAGCUGAGCUAUCAAGCUCUUCAUUUACACUAUUCCAAGAAACGGAAUAAAACUACUGGAGGGAAGCAAAAAAAAGCAAACAACCCCAAAACCACCCAACCCUUGCACAUUACCAGAAGUGAAUCAUGGUUUGUUUCUCUGUAGCUAAGCCACUCCUAUAUAAAGCCCAUGCAUGGAUACCUAGAAAAAAGAAAUUGGGUAGGGUCUUUGUGUUUGUGUGUGUCCCAACAUUUCAAAACUGCUUUUAACUUCUUUUUCUUUCUUUCUUCUUUUUGUUGGUACAAUGACAAACAUGCACCUUUCUUUUUUUAACUCAAAAGUACAUCAAAUCUGCACUCUGGAAUUCCAAAUGCUGUAUCUUGCUAAUGGAGUAGUCUGCCACCAAAGAGAGUCUUCCUUCCAACUGCUUGAGAAUGGCUUUGCCAAUGAGUGUGUGUUGGGGGGGGUGGGAGGGGUGAGUCUGUGCCUCCCUGAAUUGGACUCAAGGGUUUGGUUUUGAUGUUUGGUGUCCCCCGUCCCCCCCCAUGACUUUUAUUCCUUUCAUUUUGAGAAUCUCUUAUUGAAAGAAAAACCAAUCCUUGAUUUUUAACACCCUCCCCAACCCCAAAUUAUCCUAGCAUCAGCUCCUUUAUGAUAAACAAAUGAUUGUAUCAUAUCUACACUGUUGCUUCAGAAAGUGCUUCUCCUUGGUAGAAGUUGCAGAUACUCCUGGCAGUAAAAAAAAAAUCUCUUUUGACAGGCUACCAAAACAACCCAAUGCUCUUUGAUUUUUUUUGAACUGCAUCUUUUUAACUGUCAGAUGAUUAAACAACAAAAAAAAGAAUGUUCUGUAAGUCUUUUUUUAAAUGAUCUGGGUAGAACUUUUAAGGCAAGCUUUUGGGGCACACCUUUCUAUUUGUAUUACAAAGAAAUAAACAUUGAAUGUGGAAUUAA